AUGUCAGACAGCGCAGACGAUGCCCUGGUUCUCCUGGAGAUCCUGGAGGUCCUGGGUGCGUGCCGUGCGCGUGUGUCCUACGCAGACGUGUGCAUGUAUCUGAGUGGACGUUAUGAACUUCACCCUCUGCUGGAGCUGCGGAGUCUGCUGUACUCCACGGCAUGCCACGAUCCGUGUUUCCCGGCCACGCUGUUCCGCGAACGUCUGCACCCUCCCUGCAGCAACCGUCUCUCUGCAGCCGCAGACGUCGUCUCGCUCUUCAACCUGCUCACACACACGCGCCUGCCCCCAUCACACACUAAUUCCCUGACCUCCUGCCUGGCCUGCACUCAGCAGCAUGCACGCCGUGAUUGGUUGCAUGCAGAAGGCGGAGUUAUAGCUCCAGGCUGUAAAUAUGAGGACUCCACCGAGGCACUGAUCAGUCUGAACACCGGGGGGUCGCAUGUGAACACUCCAGCACGCUCGCUCGCACACACACAUCAGCGGCACACCAUGCAGAGAGCGCACUCUCUGGACGUUCCUUGUGCUUCCAGCGGGAAUCAAGAGUCGACUGGAAAAAGUGAUGGAGGUGCAGAUUUUGCUCAAAGCUGCGCUCAGAAAAGGAGCAUCUUUAAAGGGGAAUUCCACAAACUGGUCCCAUUUGUUCCAAAAGAUGGAAACAGUCAGAUACAGGAGCGAUCCAGAGAGAACAGCGAGGAUGGACAAUUUAUCACCUGCAAGAAUCCUUACCCUGAGCCUGCUCCUGAUGCACACGGAGAAGAUGUUCAGACACAGUCUUCUGGAACAGAUACACCCCCUGAUGCACUGACCCCGUACCCCCAGAAACAUAAAAGUCUAGAUGACCUGCAGAGCUCCACAUACUUCGGGCCUACAGUCAUAGAAAGGACAUACCACCAAAGUCCAGCCCUGACAGCUAAGAGCCACAGUCUGGACAUCGACUGCGGCCUCGCAGAACCGUCUGAGCAUGACAAACCUGGACUGGACCGAGCAAUACCCCAGAGACCGAGAUCAGAAAAAUCCGCUCUAGACAAAUCUGGACUUAUAAAACCAGGACUUUCUAAACCCAGCUUCGAGGGCAGUAGUUUUGACAUCCCCGGGUUUGACCCGUUUAUCGUCCGAUCGGUUCGAGACACACUCAAGCGGCUGAGUGGGCUAAGUUUGGAUGCCUGGUACGAUUGGUCACCUGAUGCCGAGGGCGUGGUCAGCGUGGCCACUCAGACAGAUCUGGGAGAUCGGCGUGCCCUGAGGAGUCUCCUGCUCAGCGAAAAGCUCUCGAUCGAUAACGCGGACAUCGCAGAGGAUGACAUCAGUGCCAUUUUCCGCUUCUUGGAUGACAUUAGCAUGUGUGGCUCGAUGGCUGUCCUGCCUGGAGACGCAGGAGGACCUCAGGAAGGGGGCGGAGCUGGGGUGCCAGAGAGGCGCGAGCGUUUAGGGAAGCUCAGGCGCCUGUUUCACUCUCUUGAGGGGCCGGAAGAAGGCGUGCGAUGGGGCGUCGGACGGCUCCUGCAGCGCGUCACCGAGCUGGAGCAGCGCCUGGAGCCGAUCUCGGAGCUGAGAGAGCAGCUGGCGCUCGUCCUGUCUACGCUGAACCGCCUGGAGCAACGGGGGCAACUUGUGCACUCAAACUCUGAGCCCGUCCAGCAGCAGCAGCCUCCAGCACGGGCCCUGUCCGAGGGAGGCCUGAGGGCCAGCUCGAGUUCUGAGCCGGCCGACGGUGCUGGGGCAAAACGCAGAGGUCUGUUUGUACGCAAUUCCAGGAGCCACACGGAGAACAGCAGCUCGGAGCAACACCAAGAGUGGAGCGUCAUCUACAGCAAGGAACAAUACCUACACCCGUCACAUGCUGAGCAGCAGCAUGGUGCACUGUGUAAGAAAGAGAAUCACCCGGGCCUGGACCGAAAGAGCUCCAUUAUCAUCCCUGAAGUCCACAAGGUUCCCCUGCGCAGCUCCAUGCAGAAGCCGAUCCUCCAGCCCGCGGACCGGCCGAAAGUUUCCUGGAGUCAGUCAGAGCUCGCGCCACUCGACCUGCAGGCCCCUGAGUCCCUGGACUUCUGGAUGGAUGAGGUUUACACCCCGGUGUCGGACACACUCCUGCGCCGCUCGCAGUCUCUGCCGCGCUGUAGCCGGACACAGGGAUACCGCAUCACCGCCAUCAGCGUCACUGCCACCGUCAUCCUCAUCCUCAUCAUCGUCAUCCCUAUAUGCACUGCGUAAAAACACACAGGACACAUGGCAGGAAUGUCUAAACACACACACACACUUACACACUUACACACUUACCCUAACGCACUCUGUUACUCAGAUGUGUUUUAUUCACAUUAGUUUUUAAGCAACGCAUGAACGCAUUGUGUA